AUGCCUUCGCUUCAAGCCAAGUACGGCUACUCGAUAAAAGGAGGGUGCGACCGCGGCGGUGGCAGAAACAUGUCAACAAAUAGGGAUUAUUCCGUUAAUCUGUCGGUGCAGCAAGUGCUGAGUCUAUGGGUGCAAGGGACGACGUUGCAGCACUUCACAGAGAUGUGGUACUGGGUGUUCCUGUGGUGCCUCUUCUCCUCACUCUUCGUCCACGGGGUGGUGGGGCUGCUCAUGUUCAUCAUGCUGCAACGCCACAAGAGGGGCCGUCUCAUCACCGUCGUGCUGGUCAGCGUGGGUUUCCUGGCCUCGCUCUCCGGAGGCGUCAUCACCAGCGCGGCGAUAGCGGGUGUGUACCGCGUGGCGGGGAAGGACAUGGCGCCGCUGGAGGCUCUGCUUCUAGGUGUGGGCCAGACCAGCCUCUCCGUCAUUAUCUCCUUCUCACGCAUCCUGGCCACACUAUGAAACGAAGGUAAAUCUUGAAGGACGCAGACUUUAUGAACGGCAGCCAAUUGGGAGACUUUAAAUUGGCCCUCUGGACCGUUUGGGAUUGGGUUCCAAAAGUCUCCGUUUUGUUACCAUACUGGCACAACUGCGAGCGCACUUUAUUGGCAAAAUUCAGAGGGAACUCGAUUCGGCGCAAGACAAACGCCGCCCGCCAUCCUCAGCUUGUGGACUGAAAGCCAUGUUGGGGGUGUUUCCGGAGGUAACUUUGUGCCAACGAGCUUCUCUGGGAUGUCCCGCAUGCCUUUAGUGGACAGUGACCCUUGAGGGGGUCCUCUUAUUCGGGAUGAAUGGGAAAUGAUCAAAGCGUCAAAACUACUGUGGCUUCCCCUUUUUCGACUCUUGCCUGUUGAACAAAAAGUUGAGCGCUGAUGACCCAAACAGCUGUUAGCAGCUAUAAAGUGUUCCUCAUCCCCACCAAGGUUUUACGCCACCGUUCACAGAUUCUCGUUGUCAUUCCUCUUCCGUACACAACUUCAAUGCUGCAUUCUCCAAUCGCAGCGAGCAGAAAAGUGAGGGAUGAAUUCGGCAAACACGAAAACAAGUAUCAGUGCCAAAAAUUGCUUGGGAAUGGAAAGUUUGGGAGCACCGCUACAGCUGUCUGCUCAUCACUUUUUACAGUGCAGACAUUACGGUGGGUUGCGUGCGCCUUUUUAUUUAUAUAUUUAUUUAUUGUUUACAAUGAAAAUACCUUUGAAUAAAAAA